CCGAUUCAUCGCGUUUGCUGCGGAUGGUCUCUGAUCUUCUGAUUCUAGCUGAUCGGCGCGGGCCAUGUCGGAUCUUGCGCCGUCGGCCUUGGAGACUCGAUCCAUUCAUUCAUCCAUCAUCCAGGCAUCGCAUCGCAUCGUUACAACCCUCUUCUUCGAGACAGACGGCUCGGGAGAACUUAGCUUGCUCUUGAUACAUCCACACUGGUAUUGCAUUCAUCCCAAAGGUUCAACUCGGAAUUUCAAGGCUCUCUCAAACGGUGCACUGGGGCGAGCUCCUAGCCGAAUCCCGUCAACCUCUCUUGAAACGACUCUUCUACCCCUUUCUCCCGCUACUCCGCUGGCAAGAGAGCAGUCGAUACUAUGCUCAAAAGCAUCAACAGAUACAUAUACGGCCCGACGCCAGAGGAGAGGCUGAAAGAGUGGGAUCGGAAGCUGCGGACGGAACAAAGGCAGCUGGACAAGGAGAUCAGACAGCUCGAUCUAGCAACAACAAAGGCUAGACAAUCCUUGAAGCAGCUUGCCAAGAAGAACGACGUCAAGUCGGCCCGGUUGCUCGCCAAAGAGGUCGUACGCACGAACAAGCAGAAGAACCGGUUGACGAUGAGCAAGGCUCGGCUGGGGAGCAUACAGAUGCAGAUGCAGCAUCAGGCAUCUAUGGUCAAGGUGACAGGGGCUUUUCAAAAGUCGACAGAGAUAAUGAAAGUUAGCAACCAGUUGGUCCAGCUGCCACAGUUGAGCGCAACGAUGAGGGAAAUGCAGAUGGAGAUGAUGAAGUCCGGAAUCAUCGAAGAGAUGAUGGACGAUACGAUGGAAGCGCUAGACGACGACGAACUUGAGGAGGAGGCCGAUGCAGAGGUAGAGAAGGUCUUGUUCGAUCUAACGGAUGGCAAGCUCGGUCAGGCAGGAGCUGUGGGAGCGGACCUACCUGCCCAGAAAGAAGCCGAAGAGGAUGUCAACACGGAAGCCGAGAUGCAGCGUAUGCAGAAAGAGCUGCAUGACCUCCUCGCUGGUUGAGACGAGAGUGCAGGAGCAAACAAGUCAUAAAGUAAAGGAGAUAGAGUCCCUGUCCAGAUAUACCAUGCCAUUCAGUAUGAGCCCUUUCUCACGCUCAGAGCUGACACCCUGUCGUUGUCAACAACCUAAAACUUCAUCGGUCACUCCUAGACUGUCA